ACAUAGAAUUGCGCCUCACAUGGGAAGGCGUACAGACACUGACGCGUGCUCUUCUCUUUUUCGGUCCGAAUGCCGUCGUGUUGGUGAACGGCGGCGAACGACCACCUCGUUCUCGGCCACGUGUCGCGACACUGCCGGAUUCCAAACCAUCCACUCCAUUCCGCCUCUGGAACACAUUUUCAAAUCCGUCUCAGGAUAGCCAAAAAGCUACCACUACAUACCGUACAUUCUCUCUCUCUCUCUCUCUCUCUACUUUCCCACUCUUUCCUCCAUUUUCUUUUCCUCACUUUCUCUCUCUUCUGGCUCUUCUUUCCUUCUCUCUCCCCAUGCAACUCUCACUCUCUCUACAAUGUGAUCUCUUCAAAUUUCGGUACGGACGCUUCAAUGUACGAUAGCUAGUUCCGGUAACUACGUUGUUUCGCCAGGUUAAGGAAGAUGGAUCAUUUUUUAGAAGACGAAGUAAUAGGAGUGGAACAUUUACUGGCGGAACCUAAAUGCAACAACUUAGGCGAUGACGUUCUAGGUUUUAAUACUUUCAGUCAAGAAACCUGCUGCAAUUUUGAAGAAUUUUCUACUCUUGAAUUUGAUUCUAUAAAAACUGAUUGUGUUGCACGGGAUUCCAAUCUUAAGCUAAGCGAGAGAGUCAAAGAAGAAUUUCUCGAUGGGGUGCUGGGAAGAACUGGGGCAAUAGUUCUUGGCAGAAAAAAUACUAUUUCACAUACAUGUGAAGAUUAUCUUCUGGAUGCUGAGUUUGUUGAAGAAGCUUCUGAUUUGAAUCCAAUGAGAGGACCAUACGCGGUUGACUCGGGACUAGAAAGCAAGUGUACAGUCUCAGGUGGAAGAGGCUGCGGCGAUGAGAUAUCAGAAGCGACCAUUGCCCCUAUUCCAGUGCCUCAGACUUCAAGUCAACACUCCUCAUUGCUUGAAAGGAUGACAAUUAACGAACUUCAUGAGGCCUUCAGAAACACAUUUGGAUGUCAAACAACAGUUACUGACAAGCAGUGGCUGAAGCACCAAUUAUUGUUUGGUUUGCAGAAUCCUCUUGUAUCUUCCAAUGAAUGUGAAGGGAAAAUGAUCUCACCAACAAGUGAUCAGGACUCCAGAAGAGUGAGCACCCCCUUCACGGGUGUGUUCAAUUUCAAAAAAAGGAGAAGAGUUCAACAUGUAAAGCGGGAGAGGCACGAUAACCUUGCUUCUUUGAAAUCAUCGUCUUCAGAGGAAAGAAAAGCUAUGUUUGGUUUUUCUGAACUUGGAGAAGUGGAAAAUAGGCAUGUUACAAGCAAGAGAUCACGCAAGCCUACUCGGAGGUACAUUGACGAAUCAUUAGAACAAAAUUCAGUGCGUAAAAAGAGAAGAUGCCAGAUUUCAAAUACGUGUUCCCGUGAUAAAAUUCUGCACAAUGGAUCUUACAAGCAGCUAUGUCAGAAAGGAUUUGAAGCAGAACCUUUUGUCUGUCGUGAGGUAGCUUUGAAAGGAGCCUGUAUUCAGGUUCCAUUUGGUGAACCAGUUCGGAGGGGGCACAUGAAGAAAAAGGUGCAUGAAUCUGACGGUUUCAAGGACAGUAAGCUCUCAGAUUCAAAAGUAGAUUCUGAUAUGGAGUCUUUUUCAACUAAGUCUCAAGAUGACAUGUCUGGGGACGAUUAUGAUACAUGGACCAAGACUCCUCAUAAGGGUAAGAGCCGCAGGAAGAACCAUAUUUACUGGUCUGUCUCAGAGGUAUCGAAGCUGGUUGAAGGUGUUUCCAUGUAUGGAGUUGGAAGGUGGACAGAGAUAAAAAGGUUAUUGUUUCAUUCAUCUGCAAACCGCACAUCUGUUGAUCUUAAGGACAAAUGGCGCAAUCUUCUUAGGGCCAGCUGCUCACAGUUGAAGAGUAGCAGAGAGGUUGAAUCGAAAAGGAAGCAUCGAUCAAAACCAAUACCACAGCCCAUUCUACACCGUGUCAAGGAGUUGGCUUCCAUCCACCCAUACCCAAGGGAACGAAAGAAAACUGCCUCUGUUGCCUCUCCUAUCCCUGGUACAAGUACAACCUCUGAUAAAUUGUUUCCCCUGUCAACUGCUGUUAGAAUAAUGUAGUGCACAUAAGCACAUAUCUCAUUAGAUCUUAGGAAUUGGCUAAAUAUGUUAGAUAGAAAACUCAGAGAGAUGAUCCUUUGAAUGACAAUUCUAGUGUUACUGACGCCUAAUAUGAUUUGAUAGCUCAGGCAUAGCAAUGUUACAUUCUUUUCUUUCA